GGAGCUUUUUUUUUGGCGCGCACACAAAGGGCGUUCAGUGCAAGGCGAAAGUCCUGCUUGAGUCAGCAGUCUGAAUCAGGCCCUGACAAGGCCAACGCAAGCAGCAGGUAUUGGAAGCUCUGAACACUCAGCUCAAACAGAUUCUGGAAACUCAGGCCAAUGCAGCAAAGACUCAAGCAGCUUCAGCCCUGUCGCUUUGUUGGUUGCCUUCUAAAGGGUGACAGUUUUCGGACGGCCAACGCAGCAGUUUGGAAGGGUUAGGAAGCUUCUGCCAACGCAGCAGCCUGCCAACAAAGCAGAGGCUGCAGCUUUACUGGAUCAUGCACAGUGUUCGACUGAAUUCGCGUGCUCAUGGGAUGUAAAGGGGCAAUCUUCUGCUUCAAUCCUUUAAUUUGCAGAUGAGCUUUUCCGGGACUCCCCUUCUUUUCAAUCCUCACUCAUCUUUCCAAACGCCUGCGAGUAUGGCCUACAGACACGCCGCCUAGAGUCGAUGGUCCUUUUGUAAUCCAGAUACUGCCUGCCAUCAUGGUAAGUCUUAUGCUACUGAGACCUAGUGUAGGCUAAAGCUAAGUCAACCCUGUGAAGCGCAGACUUGAUGCUGACAAUUAGCAGCUGAAGCUGAUCAGGCUGUGAGCCUGACGGAGCUCUGGUCACAUAAAGCUGGCUGGUUGCGGCUGGUUGCGUAUGCCAGCUGAGCUGCCAUGUCUUCCGACAUGCACCUGCCUUGGGAUAGUGAUGUGUCAGAAUCAGAAGGGACCCAAGGAGAGGACAUCGAAGGUGCUGAGUAUGCUGAUCGAUCUGUCGAUGGAUCUCAGUCUGGACAGUCACUACAAGAUUUCUUUGACGAUCAAGAUUCUGGCAGCAUACAAGGUGCAAGCUUCUACAGGGCUCCCAACAAUGAGGGUGAUUCACCCACCUCUCCGGUUGCCAACUGGUCUACCAACAGCGCUUUUAGAGAGCCGAUUCCUGUAUCACCGUCAAUCAAAUGCAAACGCAAGUCCUCCAACGGUGAAGGCGAGCGCUGCCCAGAAGGAGCCUCUUGUCUCGAGGAGGACAUUGGUGGGGUGGUAUUAACAGGGCGGGCGCUCGAGAGGAAGCGACGCCGUCCGAAUCUCUCUCAAGAGUUAGAGGAGGCAGAGGAGGAGCACGUGCCAACGCCGCAACCAUUCUCACAUGUACUCGAGAGGGGCCAGGAUGUGCGCUUGCGGCUCCAGGGGAACCCCGCUGAGGAUCUGAGUAGCGCAGCAAGCCCACCCCCCCAUGCAGAAGCUGGCGAGCACAGCGCAGCCCCCGACUUCGACCCGCCUUCUCAUUCGGCGACCUGCGCUUUGGUUGGAGAUGAACUUGGCGUGGCAACAAGCGAUGGUCAUGAUGUGUGUCAGCAGUCCACGGGGUCCGCUGCUGGGGAGCCGCAUAACCCGGGCCCUUCCCCCGCUCCUCCGCAUCCUGCCGAUGAGCUUCGCUCUGCUGCUACGGAGCCUACACCUUUGGUUGAAGCAGCAGGGGGAUCAAGAUCGGUGGUGCCAAAGGCUGGUCAACCGGUGAAGAAGACGUCACACAAGCGUGCGAAGCCGAUUCCUCCCCCGAUGGACGAGGCGGCUCGGGCGGAGAUCUGGGCGGCUCGUGAGGCUCAUUUCCGGACUCUAGAGGGAUUGAGGCCCCAUCAAAACAGGCAGGAGGCGACGGCGCGGCGGAUGCCUGAGGCGCAGGGAGGGCUGCAUCAACCCGCCCAAAAGGCAGUCGCGGCCGAGGCUUUGCGCGAGCGCUCGCGCGUGGACGCGAGAGUGGCCGAAGUCGGCGAGGAGGACCGGCAGGGUGGCGAGCACUUCGAUAAGGCGGUGCGGCAGUCCGUCCAGCACAGCCCACGGGAGGCUUUCAGGCAGGCUGAGGCGACGAUGCGGCGGAUGCCUGAGGUGCAGGGAGGGGGCCAUCGACCCGCCCAAGUGGCAGUCGCGGCCGAGGCCCUGCGGGAGCGCUCGGGCAUGGACGUGACAGUGGCCGAAGUUGGCGAGGAGGACCGGCAGGGUGGCGAGCACUUCGACAGCGCGAUGCGGCAGUCGAUCCAGCACAGUCCACACGAGGCCCUUGGGCAGGCUGAGGAACUCGAGAGGCUCCAGGAUGCGCAGCAGCGGCUCCAAGGGAUCCCUGCAGAGAGUUCCAGUGACGCAUCAAGCCGGUCCCCCGUUGCAGAAUCUGGCGAGCCCAGCGCAGCCCCCAACUUCGAUCCGCGUUCUCGACUCGCGACCUGCGCUUCAGUUGGAGAUGAACUUGAGAGGGGCCAAGAUGUACGGCAGCGGCUCCAAGGGAUCCCUUCCGACCAUCUCAGUAGCGCAGCAAGCCUGCCCCCCGGUGCAGAAGCUGGCGAGCCCAGCGCAACCCCCGACUUCGACCCGCCUUCUCAAUCCGCGACCUGGGCUUUAGUAGAAGCUGAUGCCUCAUCAGCGGACCCUCGAUUGCGCCCCGGCGAGAUUGUGGUCCACAGCGAGCACGGCGGGAAGUUGCUGACCAUCAAGAAGACGGAGCUGGGCGCCUUCUUCUUUGCCAAGCGCAAGUUCGACGAUAAGGUCGACUACCAGGACGCGAAGAACGGGCCGCAGGGUUGCUGCCGUCGUUACGGGGAAGUGCUCGGCCAUCAGGUCGAGAUCCGUCGCCUGCGUCCCUCCCGGGAGUUCGGGUCUUACCCGGAUUGGCCCUCGGCUUACCCCAAACUGCGCGGCGAGCCUCACUUGGAAGAGGCCAUCAAAGCGGGGUGUCCCUGCAAGCCGUACCUGGAUCUGGAACGAGACGGGGGCCUGCCAGAGGGAGAGUCCCUCGAAACGGUCAUUGAGGCCUUUGAGGAGGAAAUCACGGCCAUCUUCCGCUCGGAGUACGGCAUCGAGCUUCCAAAGGAAGCCUUCAACUGGAUCCCCUGCGACUAUGGGCCGGGCGGCAAGUUCAGCCUGCACCUAGUCGUCUCCUCCCACUCCCCCCAGUUUGUCUACCGCUCCAACCUGGCGCCCCCGGCGGACCCUCAAGGAGCGGGGCAUCUCGCGAGAAAGCUCGGCCAGCACUUGCCCAACCGUUAUGCCGAGCUGAUCGACCAGUCGGUCUACACCAGGAACCGGGGGAUCCGACUCCCCUACUGCUCCAAACCCUCUAACCCUCAGAGCCGGCUGAUCCCCUUGGACGAGAGCAAGCCGUACGCGGACGCCUGCAUCACCUGGUUCGAUGACCACGUUCAAAUGAUCAAGGUCCCUGACGUCGUGUUUCGAGCGGUGCGCGCGCGCGAGAGGCCAGAGAAUCCAGGCCACCUAAACCCCAGAGCUGCGAGCAUGUAUGAGGUACAACGGUGCACGGAGCUCAUCCAGAAACUGCACCCGACGGCGUACCGCAGGGGGUCGGCAAACGCGUUGAACUUCAGCUGGCACGAUCGGAGCGAGCCGUGCUACUCGGGGCACGUGCAUGCCGGGGAGCGGGACAUCCUCUGUGUCGCGGAUCGCGAGAGGAACGCCGUGUUCGCGGUGUGCAGCAGCGAGCGGGUCGAUCUGGAGACGGGUGUCUGCUGCAAGAACCUGCCGGCCAAGUACCUUGGGCCCUACUGGGUGGACAACGAAACUUGGAAGGAUGGUGCUGUCGAGGUCGACCUGAAGUACCUGGAUCGACACCCGCUGGCUGCCGCGCCCAUGGACCUGCAGCUGAUUCGCGCCGGGGUCCGCCCUCUGACGGACAAGGUCGUCUUCAAUGACAUCGUGAACAAGUGGCUGGAGGGCCGGUACAAAAAUCUGUCGAUCAGGAGCCCCAUGGGGAGCGGCAAGAGCACCCUUCUUGCGGCUCUUCUAGCCGAAGACUCACGAUUCAAGAAGGUCUCCAUGAUCACCUAUCGCUGCACGCAAGCUCUCGACGCGGCAGGCAAGCACCAGAGCUUCUCCCACUACGGAGAUCUCAAGCAGGCGGAUGGGCGUAUGCUCGGCCCCGACCGCUUCAUCCACCCCCUCGCCGACCGGGAACACCAUCCCCGCGUCAUCGUCCAAACUGACAGCUUGCCCGGGCUGCUUGCUGAAGACGACGAGGACGCCCCCUCGUUUGACCUGCUCGUCCUGGACGAGAGCGAGUCGAUUUUGGCACAUCUGUCGGCGGACACGCUUCGCGAGAGGCACAGAGUCAUUCAGCUCCUUAUCGAGUUGAUGAAAAGAGCGCGGCGGAUCAUCUUCCUGGACGGGCAUUUGGGGCAACGGACGUUUGAGUUCCUAACGAUGAACGAGAUAUCCUGCUCCCCCGUGGUGGUCAACAAACAUGCUCCAGAGAGGCCCCUCGAGUUUGAGUUCCUUCAGGGCAAGACCGAGGGGCUUGUCAAGUGGGAGGGGGCGGUUUUCGAGGCGCUUGGGGCUGGGCGCAACGUCUAUAUCGAUGUGAACAGGCAGUGGCGGAAACAGCUUGUAAUCAUCAGCCCCACGGUCGAAGCAGGCGUGGAUUUCAACCAGGACUGGUUUCACCAGAUGUUCCUGUACAUCUGCCUGAAGAGCACCCACCCUCGGGGGCUCAAUCAGAUGAAGGGCCGUGUACGGAAGUUGGAGAAUCCACGGGUCCUGUGCUAUCUCCAGGAGGGCAUCUGGUUGCCCGCCGAACCCGCGGGGCCGUCAGUGGGUGGGUCGUUGAUGGAGAUGAGCAGGUCGGGUAGCAAGGCAAGGCUGGGGGUCGAAGAGACCUACCAGUGGUUCCUCAACCAGAAUCUAAGGGGCGGGCUGAACUGUGUGCAUCCAAUAACCCGUCUUCUCGCUCACAACGAGAAGGAGAUGUUCAACGGACAGACGCAUUUCUACCAGGAGUUCACAGACUUGCUGAGGGCGGACGGCCACGUCAUCGUCGAGAACGUAGACGAAGAGGCGGUCGAAGUGAACCCGGUCCCCUCGGAAGAAGGGGUUUUUGGGGGCGAGUAUCUCUUGGAGCAGAUGAUCAGCGCCCCUAACAUCUCGCAAGCCCAGUUCGCCGACAUUGAACGGCGGUCCCAAAGAAACGAACAUCGCGAGGGGGAGUUAGUGCAGAUGGAGAAGUUUCAGCUGGCACGGUUCUACGACGUGCCAUACCUUAGCGAGGAGUUCUUGCAAACCUUCGGGCCGAAGCCGAUCCACGCCCUCGAUUUCCUGGAGCAAGUGGUUGACCGAGACUUCAAGUACGACAAAAACGAGAUUGGGCGGCAUAUGUACCCUCCUCAGAUGGCAGCCAUGGCUAGGGAGCUCUUGGCGGUUAUGGGAUUCGAGCACGCGCUCGAUGCUGCUCGAGUGUGA